AUGGGGCCCCUCCUGGGGGCCCUGCCUGACGGGGUUAGGGGGCCCCCCAUACCUCGCGGUAUGCCUUCAUUUGCUUAUGAUGUCAGCAGCAGCAGCAGCAGCAACAGCAGCAACAGCUGCUGCUGCUGCUACAGCAGCAGCAGCAGCAAGGGCAGCAAUGAGGUGAUUGGUGGGCGCUUGUUUUUUCGGCGUUUAAGUUCAGCAGCAGAUAUAGCAUCUGUAGAUCCUGCUGCUGCUGCUGCUGCUUCUGCUGCUCCUGCUGCAGCAGCAGCAACAGCAACCGCAGCUCCUGAGGGCCCCGUAAAGCGACGGCAUGAGGGGCCCCCGCCUCCUCCGCGUGUGCAGGUGGUGCAGCGUCUGCAGCGGCUUGUUGAACAGAGGCUGAAGCAGAAGCUGCAGCAGCAGCAGCAGCAGCAGCAGCGGCAGCAGCUAGGUUUGUCUGGUGCUGCAGGAGGAGGACCAGGAGAAGUGUGGGGCCCCGUAGGGGCCCUAGAAGACGAAGCAGAAGCUGCAUGCAUCUGGGGUUCUGAGGGAGAAGCUGCAGACACCAGUCUCCCCCCCGAGCAGCAGCAGCAACAGCAGCAGCAGCAGCAGCAGCAGCUGAAGCAGGAGCUGCAGAGAGCAGCAGAUGAUGUUGUGAGGCUCUGCGGGCGCAUGCGCCCCCGCGAGCUGCUGGAGGUGUUGCGGUUGUUUGCUUCUGUGCGGUGGCGGGAGCCGCAGGUGCUGCUAGCAGUGACGCAGCAGCUGCUGCAGCAGCAGCCAGAGGAGAGGCUGCAGCAGCUGCUGCCUCUGCAGCAGCAGCAGCAGCAGCAGCAGAAGCAGCAACAAGGAGUAGAAGCACUCUCUGUGCUGCAGACAGUCAUGCUGCUGCAGCACCUGCAGCAGCUGCAGUUCGUCUGUAUGCCCCUCGCGCUGCGGGCGCUGCAGCACAUCGAUGCUUCUCUCACUCUUGCUGCUCAGGGCUGCAUGCAGAUCCACUACCUGCAGCAGCAACAGCAGCAGCAGCAGCAGCAGCAGCAGCAGCAGCGGAUUCCUGAUUGCUUUGCUGAGACAGACUACCUCGUCCUCGCGCCGUAUGUACCGUGGCAGCAGCCUAUAAAGUGCGGCGAAGCAGCAGCAGCAGCAGCAGCAGCAGCAGCAGCAGGAACAGCAGCAAAAGCAGAAGCAACAGCAGCAGCGUUGCCGCAGCAAGAAGCAUUGUACGGUGCUGCUGCACCACCACCACCAGCAGCAGCAGCAGCAGCAGCAGGAGAUGAAGUAUCAACCGAAGCAGAAGAUUCGGACUCUGCCUCAGAAGCAGCAGCAGCAGAAGCAGCAGCAGCAGCAGCAGAGUGGCGUUCUCGUUGUGCUUUGCAUGCAGUUGGUGUGUCUGUACUCAGCAGCAGCCUGGUGUAUUGGUCCUCUUCUCUAUCACCGCCGCAGCUUCGCGCUGCCCCGCUGCGGCGGCUGGCGCUGCUGCUGCAGCAGCUUUUUAUACUGAGGCCUGAAGAAUUCAAUGCGCAGCAAACUGUUGCACUUUCUCUGAAUUGCUUGACGUUGGGUUUGUCUUCUCCGUCUCUGGCGAAUUGUUUGGUUCAUCGUAUUCCUUUUUUGCUGUCUUUCUUUUCUUUUCCUCUUCUUACCCUGCAGCUUAAUGUCAUUACAAGGCUGCUGCAGCUCAAUGCUCAUGUGCUGCAGCAGCAGCAGCAGCAGCAGCAGCAGCAGCAGCAGCAACUGCAACAGCAGCAGAGGCAGCAAAACAAACAGCUGCAACCACAAAAACGCACACAACAACAGCAACAGCUACAGCAGCAACAGCAGCAACAGCAGCAACAGCAGCAGCAGCAGCAGCAGCAGCAGAUAGACAUACAUGCACUGCCGCAGCUAUGGAAGCGUACGAUGCCUCCCUUAAGCAACAGCUGCAGCAGCAGCAGCAUGCAGCAGCAGCAGCAAGAAAUCACGUUGCUCGCCGGGGCCUCUGCAUACGCAGCUGUCGAUGCAGUGGGGGACCCAGGGACCCCGGGGGGGCCCCCAACGCCGUCUGUAUCCUCUGAAGCUUCGAUGGGUGCCCCUGGGGGGGCCCCUUGGGGGGCCCCUGGAGGGGCCCUUGGGGGCCCCCCUGGGGGGGCCCCUGGGGGGCCCCCCAGCUUGCCGCCUGUGAAGCCGUCUGAGCUGAGGAAUGUUGUGAAUGCACUGAAUUCGUUUUCUCGUCUUGCACAUAUGGGUCUUGUGUCUCUGCGGGAUGUAUCAGCAGAAGCAGCAGGAGCUGCUGCUGUUGCUGCUGCUGCUGCUGCUGCUGCAGCAGACCAGCUGGUACCAUCAGCUUUACGGCAUCAUCAGCAGCUGCUGAAGGGUCAAGCAACUCCUGCUGCAGCAGCAGCAACAACAGCAGCAGCAGCAGGAGGUGCUGCUGCUGCAGCAGAGGUAGAUGAGCUGCAGCGGUGGCAGCGCAGCAGAGCUCGCCUCAGCAGCAUGGUGGAGUGUACAGGCAGCUUUCGCAUGCGUGGCGUUGAGAUGACACCCGGAGACCGCCGCAGCAGCAGCAGCAUCUAUGCUUUCUUUCAUCGAGCCAUUCUGCUGCUGGUGCAGCAGCAGCAACACCUUGACCCCCAGUCCCUCAGCAACGCCGUCAAUGCAUUCGCAAAGGCUAGGCUUCAAGGCCACGCCCUUUAUAUAUCUCAGCUAAUCCCCCGAAUGAUUGAGACAGCAGAAGACUUCAACUGGCAGCAUCUAAGCAUGACCCUCAACGGAUUUGCAUAUAUGCGGUGUAAGGACGACGGGCUUCUGCAUGCGUUUUGGCAGGUCUUGAGGCAGCGGCCUCUUCACCUUAUGGGGGGCCUGACGAAUCUUCUCUUCUCGCUGGUGGUGCUAGACUGUGUAUAUGAGUGCAGCUUUCCCCCGCAGCAGCAGCAGCAGCAGCAGCAGCAGCAACAGUGGCAGCGGCCGCAGCAGCAGCAAGCGGGUGUUUGGCAGCAGCUGCUGCAAGCUGCAUGCAGGAGGAAAGACCUGAAGCUGGAGGCGAUGACGAUGCUGAAGGUAUCGGCAAUGGCGUUGUUUGGGGUGUAUGGUGACCCUGCAGCAGCAGCAGCAGCAGCAGCAGCAGCAGAAGUAGCAGCAGCACAGCAGCACAACAGUAGUCGGAAUGCAUAUAAUCGUCUAUACGACAGCAACGGGAACUUCUUGCCGCAUGCACUGCAGCAGCAGCAGCAGCAACUCGAACGCCAGCACCAGCUUCAUGGGGGGGCCCCUAUAGCUAGACGCAGCAUGCUGCUGCAGGGCAGCAGCACUGCAGCAGCACUUAUCCGGCAGCCAGAUUAUAUCUUCUUGCCUUACAACCAACUCGAUGAAGGACACAAAUUCCUUGCUGCACUGCUGAACACGAGGACGUUAAUGUUUUAUCCGGGGAAGCCUUCAGGCAUGCACCUACAAGUGGCGGCGACGGUGCGUAAUAUGGGGCUGCAUGCGCUGCACGAAGUGAUAAUAGAUCCGUACGUCAUCGAUAUUCUUAUUCAAACGGAUCUGCCCCCCAAACAGCGGCGCAGCAGAAAACCAAGAAUGAGGGGCCCACAGCAGAAGCAGCAACAGGAGCAGCAGCUGCUGCAGCAGCAGCAGCAGCAGCAAGGUGCGGGCGAGAGCAGUUUCAGUGAGGGAAUCUAA